GACUAGCGAACAAUACAGUCAGGAUGGCUAAAGGUGACCCCAAGAAACCAAAGGGCAAGAUGUCUGCUUAUGCCUUCUUUGUGCAGACUUGCAGGGAAGAACACAAGAAGAAAAAUCCAGAAGUCCCUGUCAAUUUUGCAGAAUUUUCCAAGAAGUGCUCUAAGAGGUGGAAGACAAUGUCUGGGAAGGAGAAAUCUAAAUUUGAUGAAAUGGCAAAGGCGGAUAAAGUGCGCUAUGAUCGGGAAAUGAAGGAUUAUGGACCAGCUAAGGGAGGCAAGAAGAAAAAGGACCCUAAUGCCCCCAAAAGACCCCCGUCUGGAUUCUUCCUGUUCUGUUCAGAAUUCCGCCCCAAGAUCAAGUCCACAAAUCCUGGUAUCUCCAUUGGAGAUGUGGCCAAAAAGCUGGGUGAGAUGUGGAAUAACUUAAGUGACAGUGAAAAGCAGCCAUACAUCACUAAGGCUGCAAAGCUGAAGGAGAAAUAUGAGAAGGAUGUUGCUGACUAUAAGUCUAAAGGAAAGUUUGAUGGCGCAAAGGGUCCUGCUAAAGUUGCCCGGAAAAAAGUGGAAGAGGAAGAUGAAGAAGAGGAGGAGGAAGAAGAGGAGGAGGAGGAGGAGGAGGAUGAAUAAAAA